GUGUGUCAAUAUGUAUGCAUGUGUGUGUGUGUUUGUGUUGUUUAUUACUUUUAAUUAAUGCAUAUAUAUAUUUUUUGCAUUUUAACAAUGCCCUAUUAGGUGCGUCCACUCAAACAACAAUGGCGACAGUGCCAGGUGAAGACUGAUGUGCCUCUGGUCUCCUUUGAAGUGCCGUGUGAAUAAUUCAAGUGCCGUUUAUAAGCUAUUACCCACCUCACACACACAAACACACACUCACGGAUACCCUGUAGCCCAAACUCAAUGCAAAAAUUAUGGUCUUAUCAAGAGAGACGACCAAAUAAGUGGGUAAACAACGAUAAGAAACGAGCCAAAUUGCAUGGCUGCAGUAAAGUCUAAACUGUGAUACACAAGUUUCAUUUCAUUCAAUCUGAUAGAGAGAGAGUGAGAGAGAUGGCGCGUUUAAAUCGACGUCUCUUGCCCAUUAAGGCGCAUUUCUUUUUCUUUAUGGCAGCCAUGGGACCCAUAUUGCCGCAACUAUCAGUGAUUGGCAAACAGAUUGGUGUACCGCCCGAUGUGAUGGGCUAUAUUACAGCUGUUCUACCUAUACUCUACGUAUUGGCCAAGCCUCUUGUGGGCUUUCUAGCUGAUUACUUUACCAGCCUUCGUAAGUUCAUUUUCAUGAGCCUAAUAGUAAUUAUGACCUUGGCCUAUGGAGGAUUCUAUUUUCUGCCAAGUAAUUCGCAUGCCAUUGAACUGAAUGAGAAUAAUCCCCAAUGGAAUGUUACGUUGGAGACUCCUCCCAAGCUCUGCUCUCAACAUAUUUAUUUCUCUGAUGAUUUUUGUGGAGCAGCUUAUCAGGCGACCUGUAAUCAGAAAGAUGGGAACAAUUCCCAAGUUCUAAUUGUGGCCUCGCUGAAUCUCAGCCAGAAUCUGCAGCAUAAUAAUGCCAGCUAUCACAUAUGUCUUACCAAAAAUGUGACGAAUGAUUGGUCAAAUGAUUCGGCCACUUGUCAGUUGGAACAUAUCAGCAGCUGUGUCUAUGGCAAUAGCAAAUUUUGGCUAUUCGUUUGUCUUCUAUUUAUUGGCACAAUUGGUUUCAAUGUCACCAAUUCCAUAUCGGAUGCCUGUUGCUUUGAUCUGCUCGGCGAUGACGAGCAGGGCAAGUAUGGAGCUCAACGGGUUUGGGGUACCAUAGGAUUUGGAACCACAGCUUUGCUUGCGGGCAUUGUGGUUAAUCUCUGGACUACGGAUGCUGUGAAAAGUUUUACUCCUGCUCUCCUCAUCAUGUGUGUGUUUAGUAUCUUGGAUUUGUUUAGUGUCUCCAAACUGAAACUACCCAAAUUGGGUGGCUCCGAGUCAAUAUGGACAGAUGUCUGGCAAUUGGUUCGUCAGCCUCCUAUAAUUGUAUUUCUGGUCUUUGCCUGCAUUGCUGGUAUAAUUGAUUCAUUCAUCAUUUACUUCAUGUUCUGGCAUGUGGAAGAUGUGGCCGCCGAAACGGGCUAUAUGGAUCAGAUCAAGCUUAUUGAGGGCCUGGUGGUGGCCGCCGAAUGCUUGGCCGGUGAAGUGCCUUUCUUUUUCUACAGUGGCAAAAUCAUUAAGAAAUUGGGAUAUGUGCACUGCAUGAGCAUGUGUUUCUUUUUCUAUGCCGUCCGUUUGUCACUCAUCGCUUGGAUACCAAAUCCUUGGUAUUUGGUGGGUGUUGAGCUCUUUUUCCAGGGCAUAACCUAUGCUCUCUGUUAUACCUGCAUCGUGGCCUAUGCCUCGGCCGUGGCUCCACCCGGAACUUCGGCCACUGUGCAGGGUCUAAUGGCUGGAAUGGAUGAUGGCUUGGGCUUCUCAAUUGGCUCCCUUAUUGGUGGUGUAAUGUUCAAGCGAUUGGGUGGACGAGAGAGUUUCAAAUAUUUUGCCAUAGCCGCCAUAUGCACAUGUGUGGCCCACAUUGUGAUAAGGCCCACAUCGCGUAAGCGUCAAUAUUUACCCAAAAGUGGGUAUCAAGUGCCAAUAGAACAGGGGGAGAUAAAGUGUCCGCCGCCACAGGAACUUAAGGAAAUGGGACAAGUGAAAUCGUAGAUUAAGUUUGUAGCAUUAAGAAGAUACAUAUGUUAAUUGUUUAAUAUUUUUUAUACGGAUUUUAUUUUGUAUAUGCUUUAUAUUGUUGAACAACGAACAGCAAGAGAAACUUGUUUCAAAGUUGAACGACAUUUACAAUUGAUGCCAUUUUUGGAAUACACGCGACAGCUAUCAAGUGUUUCAAGUUUUA